AGUCAAUCUGGAGUGGUGAUAUACUGAGUCCCUGAGACCAAUCAGCAACUCAUGCCAGUCAACAGUCACAUGUGCAAAUAAGUCUAAAUGCACAGGCUGUGUUCCGUUGCCUUGUAUAACACUGUCUGGUAGAGGCAGUACAAAAUCAUACAACUACUGUCCUAUUCACUCCAUUGGUGGUGAAGUAUGGACUUUUUUGCCUAAAUUGGAAAACGUUCAAAGAAGCCUAUGAGAUUCCUCAUUUGUGUCUCAUACAAAACUUAUCCUGUCUUGUUAAUGUUAUCGCCACUGGGUAACUAUCUGUAAAAAUCAUGAAUUCACAAGAACUACAGAUAGCUUCCCAUGGACACCUUGUGAUGAGUGCCUUUUUUUGGUGGGUGGCAUUCCUCUCUUUGACGCAGACAGGUGGGGUGAGAGGGGACUGUUGGCUCAUUGAAGGGGAAAAGGGUUUUGUUUGGCUGGCAAUUUGCAGUCAAAACCAGCCACCUUACGAGGCUAUCCCCCAACACAUUAACAGCACCAUUGUGGACCUGCGUCUAAAUGAGAACAAGAUAAAAAGCAUCCAUUACUCUGCCCUUAGCCGCUUUGGCAACCUGACUUAUCUGAACCUGACCAAGAAUGAGAUCAACUACAUAGAGGAUGGGGCCUUUUCUGCCCAGUUUAACCUUCAGAUCCUUCAAAUGGGCUUCAACAAGUUGCGAAACCUGACAGAGGGCAUCCUCAGGGGUUUAGGCAAACUUCAGUACCUCUACCUCCAGGCAAACCUGAUUGAGACAGUGACACCCAAUGCCUUUUGGGAAUGCCCCAACAUUGAAAACAUAGACCUCUCUAUGAAUCGCAUCCAGCAGUUAGACGGGGCAAUUUUCACUGGUUUGAAUAAGCUGACCACUUGUGAGUUAUAUACCAACCCUUUCAACUGUUCCUGCGAGCUUUUGGGAUUCCUCAAGUGGCUUGCGAUUUUCCCCAAUAGAACAACUACUGAGCGUAUGGUAUGCGACUCCCCUCCUAGCUACUCUGGAUACAGCCUUCUCAGCCAGAACCCAAGCAUGCCCACGUAUCGCAAUGCCCUGCACAUGCUGUCCACUUUGUGCACAGAGGACUACGUGACCUCGUACAUCCCUGGAAUUCCCGACACCACCACGCUCCCACCAGACUCGACCCCCUGUGGAGUUGAGGACUGCCCCUCAGGAACAGGGCCUUAUGACAUCAUCAACAUCAGCCCACCCUACAUUGACCUCGAUGUGAAGCCUAUUAUGAGACUGAAGCAGGUGACACACACCAGUGCACUCAUAAUGGUUCAUAUCCCUAAUCCUUUCAAGAAGAUGUACAUCCUGGUUCUCUACAACAACAGCUUCUUCACCACCAUACAAACUCUCAAGAAGGAAAAGGAAGAGAUAGAACUGAAAAAUCUGAAAGCGCACACAGAGUAUACCUACUGCGUUGCCUCUAUACGCAAUUCUCUGCAGUACAACCACACCUGUCUGACCAUCUCAACAGGCCCAAAAAAUGGAAAGGAGACAGUGGAAAACAACUCCACAGCCACUCACUACAUCAUGACCAUCCUGGGGUGUCUUUUUGGCAUGGUAAUAGUUUUAGGGGUAGUCUACUACUGCUUACGGAAAAAACGGCAACAAGAUGAAAAACAUAAAAAAGCAGGCAACAUCAAGAAAAAUAUCAUUGAACUCAAGUAUGGACCAGAAAUAGAAGGAGGAACUAUCUCACAGUUGACACAAAAGCAGAUGAUGGGUGGAGAGAACAUGCCCCGGAUGCCCUACUUACCUUCCAGUGGCGAAAUGGAACAAUACAAACUCCAGGAUAUCAGUGAAACCCCUAAAACAGCCAAAGGGAAUUACAUUGAGGUCCGCACCGGGGAGCAACCCGAUCGCAGGGAAUGCGAUAUGUCCAUACCUGGUAACAACCAAGGUUCAGUGGCUGAAAUCUCAACUAUUGCCAAGGAGGUAGACAAAGUGAAUCAGAUCAUCAACAACUGCAUUGACGCCCUGAAAUCGGAGUCCACCUCCUUCCAAGGUGUGAAAUCUGGAGCGGUGUCCACGGCAGAACCCCAGCUUGUGCUGAUAUCAGAGCAGCCACAGAGCAAGUCCGGUUUCCUGUCCCCGGUCUACAAAGAAAGCUACCACCACCCUUUACAGAGGCACCACAGUAUGGAAGCCACGCCCAAGCGCUCCAGCACCUCCUCCAGUGGUUCCGUACGGAGUCCCAGGUCCUUCCGCUCGGAAGGAGCCUACAAGUCUGAGGCCAAGUACAUCGAGAAAACGUCACCGACGGCUGACACCAUCCUGACCGUCACGCCGACGGCUGCCAUUUUACGCGCAGAGGCGGAGAAAAUCCGGCAGUACAGCGAGCAUCGGCACUCCUACCCCGGCUCCCAUCAAGUCGAGCAGAUGGAGGGUCCCGGAAGCCGGAAACCCUCCAUUUUGGAGCCUCUCACGCGGCCUCGUCCCAGAGAUCUCACCUACUCCCAGCUUUCACCCCAGUAUCACAACCUCAGCUAUUCUUCCAGUCCCGAGUACUCCUGCAAACCAGCCCACAGCAUCUGGGAGCGUUUCAAGCUCCACCGCAAACGACACAAAGAGGAGGAAUACAUGGCAGCGGGACAUGCGCUUCGUAAAAAAGUGCAAUUUGCCAAGGAUGAGGACUUGCAUGACAUUCUAGACUAUUGGAAAGGUGUAUCGGCUCAACAGAAAUCUUGAUUUUACCCAGACUACUGCUUCUAAGUAUGGACCAAAAUGAUACAGUUCAAAACAUUUAAAACUACAAGAAAGGAAUAGAUUUACAAGGAGAAAUAUUUAGAUCAUUGUGAAACUCCUCCGCAGCUAUUUUUAUUCAGACUAUAUUUCUGGACAAAAUGGAGAAAGAACCGUGAACAAUGAACCAAAUGAAAGAGAAUGAUUUCAACUGAGAAAAGUCAGCUGUAUUAAAUUGUCCUCAUUUUUUUCUAGAAAAAAGCAAAAAGCAAAAAAAGUAUUGGAAUAUAAUUAUUUGGGUAUUGCAUGGCCGUGUCCUGUGACUGUGGAUUAACUGUCUGUGUACUUUGAGCGAAAAACCGACAAAAACAUGUCCGCUGAACACUGUAUACAAGACUUUGUAUAUGGUUUCCCUUGCCAGAGAACUGCACUCCCAUGCACACAUUUUCUCACUCUGCAUUGUAAAGUAACUAUUUAUCAAUGCAUUCUACAGUACAUAGAAAAAGAACUAUGUAUAUAUAAAAAUUCUAUAUUUGCAAUGUUUGCUGUAUAAAAAGAAACAAUUACCUGUUUGUAUCAGGUUUUAACCAUGAAUUUUAGAGACAGCUUCAUUAUUUUUUUCAGUCUCAAAUGAAUGUCUCCUGUCCUGAUGGAUAAACUCUGCACUGUUUGUUGAAAUGGUACACUCUUCUGAACAUGCCCUCUCCUUCCUUUUUUUUCUAUUGCGUAUAUUUUGCAGAAGUCACAAAUCAAACUGCACAAUAUUAACAGCUGAGAUUCAUCGUUCCUCAAAUAAUUAUAUUCAACCAAAGUGCUGUGGUAGCAAGUCAUUACAUGCUCUGCUGAUGUUUCAGCCACUAAAUUGAUCUACAGACCUGAGAAUGAAUGUAUUCUUUACGUAAUAAAAGUGUAUGGCAGCCCCAAUGCGGCAGCUUUUGUUAUUCGCAAA